AUGGACUUUUGGUCUCGUCUCAUCGGCGGUUCACGCGCGCCGUCCAAGCCCUCGCGGGCCACAUCCCCAACUGAACGACUGACGGCCUUCAAACGCUCCUGCAAUGCCCUCCAGCAAAUAUGGCGCUCCACCAAUACCCCCUCCGCCGAGCAGUCGACUGCCCACGCGCACACCUACAUCGAACGACUCAACUCCAUCCUCAGCGAUGAGUCCCGAGGUCCAGCGCCGCACCCCUGUGUCGCCUACGCGGCAUCCUCUCAGAUCUUCGUGACGGUCACUAAGCUCGCUCUAUCAUAUUACGACGAUAACGUGCUGCGAUCAGCGACGGUGUUCUUCAACACGCUCAUCGAUGCCGAGGUCGACGGUGUAGUGGAUAACAGGCUCUUUGCUCGCGCGCUGGUUGAUCUAGUUCGUCGUGCGGACAAGGCCUCUGGCGAAAUUGAAGGUCGGUUGGUGGAAUUGCUGUUUGGUAUCGCCAACAAUAUUCGUCUACAGCCUGCUAUCCUGCCGGCGUGGUUCGUGCCUCGGGCGACGCCUACGGGUCAGGACAAUGGAUCACUAGCGCCAAGUGGGACGGAGUUUGCCGGUGCGACACGCAAGGACGAGUUUCCGUUGUUCUAUCUACUGGUGGAAUAUGUCCAUAAUGACGGGCGGGCGGGUGACUUUGCUCGGACGGGUUUGCUGUAUCUGAUUGAAACCGCGUCGCGCUCGAAGAAUUUGGAGAAGUGGUUGAUUGAGAGUGACUUGGCUACAUUGAUGGCGACAGGUCUGGGUGCAUUGUAUAGCCAGUUGGGCGGUUUGACAUUCACGCCCACCGAUGAGACUGUCCCUCGUAUCGUUGCACUCUCCGACCAUGCCAAAGAAGAGACGGCAUUGCAUCCUGCGUUGAGCGAGGCAAUGGAUGCUUUCAUGUCCUAUCUACUCUUCUGGCAAGAUACCAUUGAUCAUUGCAAGUCCGCGGAAGUAAACGACACGCUCUUGGAUCAUUUCCAGGUGCUUUUCCUCGAGCAACUUUUAUACCCUUCGUUGUUGGAAUCCUCGGAUGUAGCUGGCGGUUCCACUGCGGCUGUCUUGACUUACCUCUGCCGGAUCCUGGACUCAAUUGAUCAAGGGGAACUAGUUCACCGAAUCUUACAUUUCUUGCUAGCCUCUUCUCCACCACCAGAGGAACCAAUGUCCAUGUCUGUCAUGUCUGCCAGUCGUCGGAAAUCGCUCGACGUUCUGGCUGCGCUGGCAUCAGAGGCAGCCCAGCCAUCCCCUUCACUUUUCAACUUACGUGACCUGGCUCUACUUGGACUUCAUUCUUCAAAUCGACAGACUGUGCUGGCCACACUGCGGCUGUUGAAUGUCGUCUUGCAGCGUCAUCACCCAUUUGCGCGUGCUCUUGUCCACACUGUCCCGAGUCAACCGGCACGACAGCGAUCUGUUGGUGCGUUCAACGCAGAACUUGAACAUCUUCUGGGUCUAGGCACGUCACUCAUCGUUGAGCCCACCUUAAACGAAUCUUUCGAGAAUUACGUUGCGGACGCGGUCUGGGUACUUGAGUCUCGACUGUGCCUCCCUGUAUCCAUGGACGCGACCGAAGAUGAAAUUCCUCUUCCGCUACAGCUUCAGCAGGACGAUCCUAUCAUCCAGGCUCUUCUUGUGUGUGUCGAGAAUUUCUUCACCAACAGUGUGAUCGUCAACCUUGCCCUAACCGGCGUUCUCAUGAGUCUGGCCUCUUCGCAUCUGUUUUCACUGGAUGGUUGGAUCUUGGUCGACCCGGUCCAGUAUAACCAAGAACAGUCUUCUGACGACACCGAUAAUAUCCACCGUUCUUAUCAAACGCCCACCUGGCCUGCCAGUGCAAACCCGACAUUGACAUCGGCUCUCGAAAAGCUGGUAACCCAGGUCCGUCAAUGGCAGCGGGAACUGCCAGACUUUGAUGUCCUAGUCGCAGCCCGACGAGAAGUCCUGCACCAAGAAGACCGCCCACAAUCGCCUGAUCGCUCACGAGAGCCAUCGGAGCCUCCAGUCGCAGCCUCCGGGGAUCGAUCUCGUCCGUCGUACCCCGGAUCCCCCGAUCCCUCUGCUCCAGUAUCGCGGGGCCGAUCGCCGCAGUCCAUUAGCUCCCCACCGAUGGCUCCAAGCUUGAUGAGAGGUGAAUCCUCCGUCCGGCCAUUAGAAUCCCGAGGCUCAUCCACCUCUCGCAUCGCCGCGAUGGAGGCCCUUCGCCAGAGACUGGCUACACCUAUCCCUACGACAAGUGCGGAGCCACAGACCGCCGAGUCAACGGACGAGGCCACUACGACAGAGGAUGCCGAGGCCGAAGCUCCCCCGGUAGCUACGCUGGGCCAUGUUCUGACGAACGUGGUAAUUCUGUACGAGUUCCUACUGGAACUCUCGGCUGUGGUGCAAGCAAGAGGAAGUCUCUUUGAAGAAUCGGGAUAUUUGUAA